CAGUGUGGCCCUCUUUUUUUUUCAAUGCGUUAAUGCGCGCGCACGUUCUCCGUGUUUUUUUUUUCUUUUUCUUCUUCUUCUUCUUCUCCCUUUUUCCUGAGCGCUCGCGCCUGCAGGCUGGAGGAGUGUUCCCCGCGCGUGCGUGGCUCCGCUCCGCUCCGGGUACGGCACGGUGCUGCUUUAGGCAGCGGCAGCAGCGCUAAAUCCUCAGGUCUACUCCUCCUUCUCGUCGUCGUCCUCUUCCUCUCCCUGUUUCUCCUCCUCCAUCAACGCCUCCCCCCCCUCCUCCUCCUCUCCUUCCUUCCCCGGUUUUAUUCCUCCGCGGUUUGAAGCCGAGGUCCGCAGCCGGGCGAGCGCACAGAGCUUUUCGGUAAGGGGACUUUACUCGAGAGCGAGGCCCCCCGGCCCCCUCCUCUUUCUUUUCCUCCUUUUCCUUCCCCCCCCUCCCUCCUUAGCUCCCUUUUUCCGUUUGGGCACUCGUUUAUUAUUUUUUUUAUUUUUAUUUAUUUAUUUUUAUUUAUAUUCUACUUCGCCUGAUCGUGCGAUCGGAUUUAUUCGUUGGACUGGGGCGCUCGGGACAAGGAGGCCGCGGGCUGUGAGCGCAGGAGGGGGGAUGACUUUAGAGUCUAUGAUGGCUUGCUGCCUGAGCGAAGAGGCGAAGGAGUCGAAACGGAUCAACUCCGAAAUCGACAAGCAGCUGCGCCGAGACAAGCGGGACGCCAGGCGGGAAUUAAAGCUGCUUCUUCUAGGUACGGGAGAGAGCGGCAAGAGCACAUUCAUCAAACAGAUGCGCAUCAUCCAUGGCACCGGAUACACAGACGAAGACAAACGCGGUUUCACCAAGCUGGUCUACCAGAACAUCUACACGUCUAUGCAGUCCAUGAUCCGCGCCACAGAGACGCUGAAAAUUGGCUACAAGUACGAGCAGAACAAGGCCAACGCCAUGCUGGUGAAGGAGGUGGACAUCGAGAAGGUCUCAGCGUUCGAUCAGCCCUACGUUAACGCCAUUAAGAUGCUGUGGUCGGAUCCAGGCAUCCAGGAGGCCUACGAUCGCCGCAGAGAGUACCAGCUUUCGGAUUCUACUAAAUACUAUCUAUCCGAUCUGGACCGUAUCGCUGACCCGCACUAUCUGCCCACCCAGCAGGAUGUGCUCAGGGUCCGAAUCCCAACCACGGGCAUCAUCGAGUACCCGUUCGACUUGCAAAGCAUCAUUUUCAGAAUGGUGGAUGUGGGUGGGCAGAGGUCCGAGCGCAGGAAGUGGAUCCAUUGCUUCGAGAACGUCACGUCCAUCAUGUUCCUGGUGGCGCUGAGCGAGUACGAUCAGGUCCUGGUGGAGUCCGACAACGAGAACCGUAUGGAGGAGAGUAAAGCGCUUUUCAGGACGAUAAUCACAUACCCGUGGUUCCAAAACUCCUCGGUCAUCCUCUUCCUCAACAAGAAGGACCUCCUGGAGGAGAAGAUUUCCUACUCCCACCUGGUCGACUACUUCCCCGAGUUUGACGGUCCCCAGCGGGAUGCGCAAGCAGCGAGGGAGUUCAUCCUCAAGAUGUUCGUGGAUCUGAACCCCGACAGCGACAAGAUCAUCUACUCGCACUUCACCUGCGCCACGGACACAGAGAACAUCCGCUUCGUCUUCGCCGCCGUCAAGGACACCAUCCUGCAGCUCAACCUCAAAGAGUACAACCUGGUGUAGGCCACAAUCGCCGGGGACUACUCACACACUUCAGCACAGAACAGACACACACAUCUACACACGCCAUACCACACACCCAGUUACCCAUGGUUCACUUUGUUUUCCAGCUUCCUAUUUUUUUUUCUUUUCCACUGUGUGAAGGUGUUCCAGACCUUUUCUGCUUUUACCCUGGCUGUCUCGCCAAAGCCCGUCCACUUUCUCUCGUCGGCAGCUCGUGUCCAAGCACUCACUCCCGUCCCCUCCCUUUUCUCCUUUCUUUCUUUCCCUCCCUUAAAUUGGACCGAUGAGUUUUUUUUUGUUUUUUUUUAUUGAAUGACGGGGCGGGGUUAAACACUCAGACUUUUCAUUUUGAAAGUGUUUUUUUGUGAGUGUGUUUGUGUUUAUAUAUACAUACACACAUACACACACAAGGGAUGGAAGAACUUAUCGGAACGGAAACUGGAAUCAACACCCCUCACCUUCCUUUCUGCUUUACCAGUCAGUUUUAUUCCGUCUGCCUGGAUGGAGCGAGCGAUUUCGUUUGUUUUUU